AUGGUUCCCCGGUCAAAGGCGUCAUCCUCCGUCCUUCCAUAUGAGGUGUUUCUCAUUAUAGUUGAGUACCUCAUCGCCGGUAUCGAGGCAAGACAGCACGGUGAGAUUGCAUGGGCCUAUGAUCGACAUUAUUUUCCCUGCAAGCUUGUUGUGGGCGAUCUCGGCUUGGAGGACCCCUUUGCGGAAACGAUAAAACAAAGAUAUCGAGAUCUCCGACUGCCCUCGCAGAUCAACCAAAAGAGCCGCCAGAUGGUUUACCAGAUCUUUCAACCGGUACCUGUACGUCGCAGUGUGAGGUUCUGGGACGGUGCCCUCGGCCCGAUCCUGCCCGUCGGCGCUCUGAUCUUGCCGGAAGUCGACGUCUUCGUCCCAUACCAUGCUGCGCCCCGGGCCGAAUCCUCUCAUAGAGAGAGUUUCUUCCAUCAGACGAUCCAACCAACCAUCCUCGACCUGAUCCAAAUCAUAUACCUGCCAGAAAUCUGCAGCCUCAGCUCUCACAACCAUGAGGCCCUCGAGGCUCUGCUCGCCCUUCCCAAUCUCAAAACCAUCACGGCCGACGUCAGCCUCGACAUGACAGGCCCAGACGAGAUGGAACUUUUCCACGAUGGACGUCGCCCUCUCGCCCUGGAUUGCCACUUUUUCACCGACUUAUGUUACCGGCGCAUGUUCUACAUGGAUCGGAAUCUUUACUCUAUCUGGAGUAGAUUUCAGAAGAAGGGCAUCAGGCUGUACGGAGUAAUCGGAGUCCAAUGUCAGCACCAAAAGUACAUCAUGGAGAUCUUCCCCUCGGAGGAUGGUACUGUGAUCCAAUACAUCAACUCCAACUGUCCAUGCUGCCCGAGACGGCCAACAUCGGAGGGAAGAAAGCUGGCGUCAGAGGGCGGGCCGGAGCUGGGCUACUAG